CCGAGAUUUUGGCCGGUGCUUUUUACGGACUGCUCGUCCCUGCGCGACAGAUGAGGACUAAGAGCUGACUUACAGACGAGAAAAUACCGGUGGCUCGCAGUAUCGCUUGGUUCCGACGCGGAAACGAAGACCACUAAGCCGGUCUCAAGUGGGUGGCCAAAAAAGCAGCUUACCAGCACACCGGUCGCAGCGACGCCGUCGACGCGUCCGCAUCCCUAAAAGAUGAGCAUCUUCUCGCGCAAGUUAGGGAGGAACCCCUUCAAGUCGUCGGGCAGCGCGGACGCCGCCGACGAGCCCAAGCAAUCCAUGAGCGCCAAGGCCAAGGCCGCGGCGACAGCAACUGCAGACAAGGCGCGACGCCUGUCGGCGACCGCUAGCCAAAAAGCGCGCGACGCGCGCCACUCGAUAACCGGUGCAAAAUUAGACCCGAGCGCGCCGGCUAGGGUCGGCUUCGUGGGCGUCAGCAGGGACCGCAAGCUCGUCGCUCACGCCCAAGACGACGAAGACCCAAGAAUAGGCGAGCGCACGGCGUCCCUAGCGAGGAAGAUCACACAACGAGCGGACCCGCCGGGCUGGGACGACGUCGCCGAUACUACUAGAAAGGGAGAAGGCCUACGAGCUAUCAAGCUGCCGGUCUGCGAUUUGGAUGGCACGACGUCCUACGUCGUCGCCUUCGGCAUGGGCUAUCCCGUGGAGAAGGCCCAGGCGCUCUGCGAGAGACUGGCGCUCAUGCUCGGGCCCAUGGUCGAUUUGGAUUUGGAGGAAGCCAAGUCCCAAGGCCGGACUAGGUGCACGCCGGACGGCGCCACUCGUUUACGGGAAGUCCUCGAACGAGAACUUAGAGAUGCGAAUUCCUCCUCGCAGUUGCAACAAGUCGCGAACCAGGUCGAGGCGGUCCGCGAGAUCAUGGAGCGGAAUGUUGAAAUGCUGCUGGAUAGGGGUGAAAAGCUCGAUGCUCUCAACGACAAGGCUGACGAAUUACAUGGUGCUACGAAAGCAUUCAGACAGCAAGCGCGCAAGCUCAAGCGGUGGCACUUGAUGAAUCAGGUCAAGUGGGGCGUCGCGGUCGGCACGCUCGUGACGGCGUCGGUGGCGAUCCCGAUCGCCGUGCUGGCGGCGGCGUAGAGCUCCGCCUCGUGUAAUUCCCCUUUUUGUG